CACAGGGUCACUACCAACUGUACGGUCGAUUUUGAACAUGGCACCACCUAAGCCACAACCGUCGUCGCCCACCGCGGUGGCCGCCACGACGGACGACAUCUUGGUGGAUGAGUCCUCCACUGUCCACUUCAGCAAAAUAGCUGUGGACUUCUUGAAGAAGUGCGUGCUGGAGGAGAAACUCACGGGGCUUAAGGUGGACGUGGAGCGACGACAAGAGAUCGCCGCGCUGUUGAAUUGCCCCGAAAGCCGCGUCACGAACUGGAUCCGCAAUUUCUCGCAGACUCUGAAGAAGAGCGAAAUCCCCUCGCGUCCUGCCCUAACGACGUCGCCGAAGUCCACCACCGACUCGACUAAACCCCACCGAGGGUCCACAUCGUCCUCCAGUACCGCUACUGCUUCCCCUUCCUUGAUUGUCCGUGAAAUCAGGGCCAAAGGUAGCCAUGUCGCGUCUGAGAAAGAAAUCGAAGCCCGUCGGCGCAUUACAUCUUCGACGUCUGCAACCGCCGACGUAGCCGUUCAUGUAACCAAGGAACUGCUUGGUCGUUGGAACCCUGGCGCCGAGGUUUCAAUCCCCAAUGACGACGACGACGUUGGCACUCCUUCCAAAUCUACCCUCAUGCCACCCACUGAAGGCAUGUCCACUCGCGAACGGGUGGUGUGGAAGAAGCAACUGCGGGGCACCUUGAAGCGCACGUUGGAUGCACUGGAGGAACUUGGCUGCCCGUCGAUCUUGGCCACGUUCGACGCCGACACCCACGCUGGCACGUACGAACCUCGAGGAGCGAUCGCCGUCCAUGCCACGGAGCAUGUCCGCAACAUCCACGACCUCAACCUGGACACGCUGCUUCCAGACAUCGCCGUCAUCCGUCGGCAGUUCCCCGCGCUGUAUCCGGCGCCCGCGAACCCGUUCAAGCAGCAGGAAAAGGUGUGGGCGCAUGUGCUUGGCGCGCUGAACGACGAAUUGCGCCGCAUGGGACAACCCUCUCGCAAGCAAAUACCGUGGCACGCGCUGGUGUCGGGCACGAUUGGGGUCAAGGCGCGCAAUGGAACGGAAAAGCGCAAGUUUGACCUCGUCAACUGGCCCGCCCAAGUCCCGAAGCGCAAAAAGCUGGACGAAGCCCAGUGUGCGCUGCUUCUCCAGAACUUGCCCGCGGUGCACGUCGCCAUCUCGGACACGUCGUUGGCAGGCGAGGGCGCCGACGACGACGACGGCAAUGUUGGCGGUGAGGUUUCCAAGGAAGGAGCCGACGAAGAGCAUGAUGACGACGCGACCGAGGACGGCGACAGUCCCAAAGUUUGAGAAAGGAGUUGAUAACAACAUGACAAUAUGAAUGCAUACUGCACGUAAUA